AUGGACCCCUCACAAGUCAAGAUCCCACCGAUGAAAGACCAAACGGUCGACAACAUCACCGACAAUGUAAUCACCAUCAACUCACUCUGCGAAGACGAGCGCAUGAAAUACAUCCUCGAGCGCCUCGUCACCCACCUCCACGAUUUCGCCCGCGAAACCCGCCUCAGCAGCGACGAAUGGAUGACCGGCCUCCGCUUCUUGACUGAAGUAGGCCAAAUCUGCACAGACGUCAGACAAGAAUACAUCCUCCUCUCCGACGUCCUGGGCCUAUCCAUCCUCGUCGACUCAAUCGACCACCCCAAGCCCAAAGGCUCAACAGAAGGAACUGUCCUAGGUCCCUUCCACACACACGAUGCAGAGGAAAUGCCACCCGGUGACUCCAUGUCCCAUGAUCCCAAGGGCGAGCCUUUGCUGGUCGUUUGUACAUUGAAGGAUAUGGCUGGCCGGCCGAUUGAGGGCGUGAAGAUCGAUAUCUGGGAAACGGAUUCUACGGGCCAUUAUGAUGUUCAGUAUGCGGGACGUGAGGGUCCUGAUGGUCGGUGUAUUAUGCGGUCGGAUGGAAGUGGUGUCUUUUGGUUUAAGGCGAUUACUCCGGUGCCGUAUCCCAUUCCACAUGAUGGGCCUGUGGGUCGAUUGUUGAAGAAAUUGUAUCGUCAUCCGUACCGUCCGUCGCAUAUGCAUUUCAUGUUCGAGAAGGAGGGUUAUGACCAUUUGAUCACUGCUCUGUACCUGCGGAAUGAUCCGUAUGAGACCUCUGACGCAGUCUUUGGUGUCAAAGAUUCAUUGACGGUGGAUAUUGGGAAGGCUGAUGCGGAGAUCGCGAAGAAGUAUAAUGUUCCUGAAGGCCAUGCGCUGCUGACUUAUGACUUUGUGUUGGUGUCUGAUGAGGAGACGAGUCAAUUGCGCGCUCACAAUUCUAAGAUUGCGUUGGACAAGUUGGGCCGGAAGGUGAAGAUUGUUAAUGGUCUUCCUAUCCCUGACUUGGACUAG